GCUGCAAGAGAAGAAGCUGUGUGGAAAGUGAAACAAUGGGGGCUCUUCUCAAGCUCUUCGACUCAAUUCUAUUUGUGUCGUUCCUUGUACAUGCCUUGGCGCCACCUCUCAUCGGCGCCCAGUUAUUACUCCCUCAAACCCUUUUCCCCGAUCUUCUCAUUCAUUUCAAAAACCUCUACAUUACCCAAUCGGGAGAUUAUCUGAUGGCCGAGGCCCCUCCCUUUUUCAUCGGCUUGCUUUGGCUCGAGCUUCUCCUUCAAUGGCCGCUCACACUUCUCAACCUCUACGCCAUCUCCGCUGCAAAGCCAUGGCUGCACACCACCUGUUUGAUCUAUGGCGUCUCCCUCUUCUCUGCUAUGGCUGCUAUAGCAGCUGAAUUGUUAGGGUCACAGAAGGCAUCUGGUAUACUGUUGAAUAUGUAUCUCCCUUUCUUGGGGUUGGGAGUUUUCGCCACGCUUCGUGGGCUGAUGCCGCGCUGCAGCAAGGCUACGGCCAUCGGCCAUGGUGCUGGACCAUCUAUUGCCACCAAAAAGAAGGCUUGAAGAAAAGAAACGACAUCUCACACGGCCAAUUUCUUUAAUCUCACCUCUAUUUCAUUUUAUCCUUUCAAGUAAGCUGUUUCAUUUUAGUCUUUGUUCUUUAGAACAUGAUUGAUGUGUUAUUUCUUUUCUCAAUACAUCAAUCUAUUCCUAAACAUCAAUGUUAAACUCUUUUAUGAAGUAUUUACUAAGGAGUUU